CAAAUGAUGAAUGAGAAUAAUUUAUGAAAAACAGUUUAUCAUCAUCUAUCACUUUUAAAGAAAUUUUUCUUCUUAAAACCAAAGAAAAACAAAAAUUCAAAAGCAUAUAAAAAAAGCCAAAGAACACACAAACAGUUUAAUUUCACGAGCGCUAAAAUAACCUUGGUUGGAAGUUGGAUUAAAGGGAGUAGAACGAAGCAACUAACAGUGGAUUUAUAUUGUUGUAAUUUCUGUUUUCUAAAAUGCCUUUUAAAAAUUUCCACCAAAGAAGAGUUAGUGGACCAGGUGCAUACUGUAACAAUUAUCUUCAAAAUAGCCAGGAGAACUCAGAAUUUUUACACUUGAAUCAAAAUCAAUUGCAUCAGUCGUCAGUGAACGUUGGCUAUAGUAACAUUGCUUAUAAUCCCGAUUCUUCACGAAGUGGUGAAAUCGACGAAGGAACGAGUACUGAUAAAGAUAAACACAGUAGUUCGCCAAGCCAUCAACAGGGCAGUGGAGUCGAGGUACAACCUUCAGGUAGUGGUGGAGGCUCAGAGAAUCGACACGAGCGACGAAAUAAAUCGUCGUCAGUGAAUAAUUGUUAUUUAAGUAGUAGCUCAAACAACGGACAACAACAGUCACAAUAUCACCAACAGAAACCACUUUCAAUUAGUUCGAAUAAUUUCAGUCCUGCCUCAAAUUUUAGUGAUAGUAAUAAAGUAUAUAAAUCGUCGUCUCAUAACGUAACUACAGGAGGAACUUGUGAUAAAAAUUAUCAACAACAACCGACACAACAGCAAUACAAUAGCAGUAGAAAUGGCAACAAUUCAGCAUCAUACUUGAGUCAAACGCAUUUUGAUUUUGAGCAUAUGCUGGGCGAUCCAAAUGAGCCCAGCAACUCAAAUAAUCAGAACAUAGGAAAGCAGUCAAGUUACAAUACAACAGCAAGUGGAAGCAGUCGAUCAUCGCGAAGUUAUAACCCGCAAACGAAUCAAACAUUUAAUAGCGAUCAGUUUCAAGGUUCAUUUCAAUCGUUACACGGGACUGAUGCAGCAAAUGAUUAUCAAAACUUAUUACAUUUUCAACAUGGUAAUAACUCACAAUUGCAAGCGUCAAGUACAGUCUCAAAUUCAUCGCCGUCUACGCAACAACAACAACAACAGCAGUGCUAUCAACAGUAUGGAUGGAAUAUAGCUCUUCAACAGCAGCCGUUCAGACAACAUCAAAAUUCAGUAACCUCAAGUGAUUCUUUAAGUGGCGGUAAUACGCGAUCUCGUGUGAACAGUGACUCGAAUAGCAAAUAUUAUAAUAAUAAUAAUAAUAGUUCAAAUAGUGCAAAAAGUAAUGGUAAAUCGCAUAAUAACAAUAAUAAUAAUAAUCCUCCUAUAAGUAGCGAUAAAAAAUGUGCAAAUGGUGCUAAUCAAAAUAGUUCAGUAAAUUCUAAUCGCAAUCUAAGCAAUAAUAAUGUAAAUUCAAGUAGUAAUAACUUGUCGAAUAAUCCAACAACAAAUUCGAAUAAUAAUCAUCUGAGACAGAGACACAUUAUCGAAUUGAACCGUCAAGUAUCGGAACUAAAUAACAAAAAUAUCGAGUUCAAUCGACAAUUAAGUGCGCCAGCUGAGAACCAAAACAGCUGCAAUUCUGUGUAUAAUCUCUAUUCCAAUCACAUUUUGAAUAAUCAGUAUCAUAGUGGAUCACCAAAUACAAAUAGUUUGAAUCGCACUAAAAAGAAGCGAAGUUUCAAGUUGAACGGACGAUUAUUCAGCGCUGCAAGCUCCGAUUCAAUAAGAUUUCAUUCGAAUUUAUUGAGUCAUGACAACGAUUUGAGAGUGUCGAUCGACAAUACGUGCACAGACUCUUUGGUGACAGCGUUGGAUGAUGAAGCGCUAUUAAUCAACGACUACAUGAACGACAUGUCGAAAUCUAAGGUUCAUUUUGAUGAUGUGUCCCUUUAUGGGACGCCAAAGGAAGAGCCAUUGCCGAGCCUUCCAGUUAUGGCUGAGAAAACGUCAUCAAAUUUUCUUAAAAAUCAAUUGCAAGCAUGGUUUCAACCAACAGACAACCGGCUGGCUAUGAAACUCUUCGGAAGUAAGAAAGCACUAGUGAAAGAACGAAUACGACAGAAGACUGCCGGGCAUUGGGUGAUUCAUCCAUGCAGUUCCUUUCGCUUUUAUUGGGAUUUGUGUAUGCUGUUGCUGCUUGUAGCUAAUUUAAUUAUUCUACCCGUAGCCAUAUCUUUUUUCAACGAUGAUCUUAGUACGAGGUGGAUUGCCUUCAACUGUUUAAGUGAUACAAUUUUUCUGGUUGACAUAGUUGUAAAUUUUAGGACUGGCAUCAUGCAGCAAGAUAAUGCAGAGCAAGUGAUAUUAGAUCCCAAAUUAAUCGCCAAACAUUACUUGAAAACGUGGUUUUUUCUUGAUUUAAUCUCAUCAAUUCCUUUGGAUUAUAUUUUUUUAAUAUUUAAUCAGUACAUUCAAUCAGCGUUAAACGAUUUUUCCGACUCAUUUCAAAUCUUGCACGCGGGACGAGCGCUACGUAUACUGCGGUUGGCGAAGCUUCUAUCGUUAGUAAGACUGUUAAGACUCUCCAGAUUAGUGCGUUAUGUAUCGCAAUGGGAAGAAGUUUAUAAAAAACAUACAGAUCGCAGAGGGAGGUCUGGCGAUAAACAGACGAGCUUUUCUAAAAGCAGUCUUAUUUUUAAGUUCCUUAACAUGGCGUCGGUAUUUAUGCGCAUAUUUAAUUUAAUCUGUAUGAUGCUAUUGAUCGGCCACUGGAGCGGUUGCUUACAGUUUUUAGUUCCAAUGCUUCAAGGAUUUCCUUCCAACUCAUGGGUUGCCAUAAACGAGCUUCAGGAAGCAUACUGGUUGGAACAAUACUCUUGGGCGUUGUUUAAAGCCAUGUCACAUAUGUUAUGCAUUGGUUACGGAAGAUUUCCUCCACAAUCUCUCACAGACAUGUGGCUAACUAUGCUAUCUAUGAUAUCUGGAGCAACAUGUUAUGCCCUAUUUUUAGGACAUGCGACCAAUCUAAUACAGAGUUUAGACUCCAGCCGUCGACAAUAUCGCGAACGGGUGAAGCAAGUCGAGGAGUAUAUGGCGUAUCGAAAAUUACCACGAGAUAUGCGGCAGAGAAUUACCGAAUACUUCGAGCAUCGCUACCAGGGCAAAUUCUUUGACGAGGAUGUUAUUUUGGGCGAGUUGAGUGAGAAGUUGCGGGAGGAUGUGAUCAAUUACAACUGUAGGUCGUUGGUUGCUUCAGUGCCUUUUUUUGCAAAUGCUGACUCAAACUUUGUAUCGGAUGUAGUUACUAAAUUAAGAUACGAAGUUUUUCAACCUGGUGAUAUUAUAAUUAAGGAGGGAACAAUAGGAUCAAAAAUGUAUUUUAUUCAAGAAGGAAUUGUCGAUAUUGUUAUGGCAAAUGGCGAGGUUGCUACUUCAUUAUCAGAUGGCUCUUAUUUUGGUGAAAUUUGUUUAUUAACUAAUGCACGUCGUGUAGCAAGCGUACGAUCGGAAACUUACUGUAAUUUAUUUUCGUUGAGUGUCGAUCAUUUUAAUGCUGUGCUUGACCAAUAUCCUCUUAUGAGAAAAACAAUGGAGACUGUAGCCGCAGAGAGAUUAAACAAAAUCGGAAAAAAUCCAAAUAUCAUGGCACAAAAAGACGAAGCAGAUGGAAACCAUGACACAAAUACGAUAAGUGCUGUUGUGAAUGCUUUAGCAGCCGAAGCAGAAAAUCAUAAUAAUAGUUAUAGCGAUGAUGAUAGCGAAAGUCCAAAGAAGAUUCAUUCUGAUAUGAGUUUAACCGAACUGAAUCAAAGCUUGAGGAUGAGUCUACCGCGUCCCAAAAGUGGUGAGUUUAGGAAACUAUUUGAAGGAAAUAGUCCUUAGUUACCAACUCUAUGGAAAUGUUGAAAUCUUCAAGUUACAAAGCUCAAUAUCUUCAUGACUUCUCAGGACUCGCAUCUUAAUCGAGACAGUUUUCGAAAAUCUGACAUUCAGUUUACUGAAACAAGUUUUAAAUCAUGAUUUUAAAUAAAUUAAAAAAAAUCAUGCAGUUUUAAUUUUACUUGCAAAAGCAUAAAAGAUGUACGAUGGAAUAGCAAAUGAAACUACACAGGAAUUGUGUCAAGAACGUUUUCCCUCCCCAUUACUUAUCGUCGAAUGAAAUCAUAUGAGAAGUUGAACAGCGACAAACAUACACAACAGAGUUUACAGCAAAUGUUCAGCUAAGAAAUAUUUUCAAACCUCUUUCAAAAGUAAAAGAAAGAAAGAAAAUAAUUAUUAAGAAGCCAGUUUAAUUACUAAACAUAUAUUUAGCAGCAACAACCUGCAAGUCAAACUAUUCUUUUAAACAACAAAAGUUUUGAGUUCCUUAGAAUAUUAAAUUGAAAUAUGAGAUGAAAAAAAAAUGUAGCAAUUUCGACUGAAAGUCAAAAAUGUAUCUUUAAAGGAAGAAGUUUAUUUAACUGACAGAUGAAUAUCAAGCAAGUGAAAAAGUUUAAUGAAAUAUUUACGAUAAAAGCGUAGAGUUUUUCUUCUUCAACAACCUCGCUUGCACACUUUUUUCAUUUUCAGUCGAGUUGAUCUCACGAAUGAAACUAUGAGUGCCGUAAAAUAUAAAGGUAACAACCAUGUAAUAAAAACAGUUGUCUACAUAUGAAAGAUCGGAAAAAUAAAGAGAAGGAAACUUCUGUUAUAGCAAAAUCAAUAUUUUUAGCCUAAGCUUUUCUUAUGGCAGAAAAAAAAUUACGUAUUAAAAGAGAAACAUUAAAAUUUAUUGAUUGAGAUCAUUUACAUUCAACGAGAACGAUUGAAGAAAUGGAAUGUGAUUUACAAUUAAAAAAAAAAUAGAAACAUGGAGUUAUAACAAUUUUUUAACGCGAAUUGAUGAAAUCUAUCUAAGGUUACUGUUUACAACCUUAAGGUGAAAGUAAUACAAAAAAUGAAAGAAGGAUUACUGAAUGAUACUGAAGAAUAUAAAUUAAAAAAGUCGAAUUAGGUAGUUGUUAUGCACAAGAAGUAGCUGAGUGUUAAGCAGCUCUU